GCUGUAGUCCAAGCGUGGCGCUUUUGAGUCUCUGCGCAUGCGCCUUGCUUUUCGCCCUCUCCGUGAGGGAAAGCUCCAAGAUGGCGGCGUCCGGAGCUCUGCGGCUGGGCAGGCGGGCGGGGCGCUUCCCGGGCCCGCUCCGCCUGCUUCUCCUCAGGGGCCUGGCCUCUUCCCAAAGCCGGCCGGCGGAGGACAGCUGGCUGAAGUCUCUCUUUGUCCGCAAAGUGGACCCCCGGAAGGACGCCCACUCCAACCUCCUGGCCAAGAGGGAGACCAGCAGCCUCUACAAGAUCCAGUUUCACAGCGUCAAGCCGGAAUGCCUUGAAGCCUACAACAACCUCUGCCAAGAGGUGCUUCCGGGCAUCCACGAGGGGAAGGACUACCCGUGCACGCUGGUGGGGACCUGGAACACGUGGUACGGGGAGCAAGACCAGGCCGUCCACCUCUGGCGCUACGAGGGAGGCUACCCGGCCCUGACCGAGGUCAUGAACAAGCUCCGGCACGACAAGGUCUUCACGGAGUUCCGCAAGGCCCGCAACGGGAUGCUGCUCUCGCGCAAGAACCAGCUUCUCCUGGAGUUCAGCUUCUGGAACGAGCCCGUCCCGCGGCCGGGGCCCAACAUCUACGAGCUCCGCUCCUACCAGCUGCGGCCCGGAACCAUGAUCGAGUGGGGCAACUACUGGGCGCGGGCCAUCGGCUUCCGCCAGGACGACAAGGAGGCGGUGGGCGGCUUCUUCUCCCAGAUCGGACAGCUCUACAUGGUGCACCACCUCUGGGCCUACAAAGACCUCCAGACGCGCGAGGACAUCCGCAACGCCGCCUGGCACAAGCCCGGAUGGGACGAGCUCGUCUACUACACCGUGCCGCUGAUCCAGGAGAUGGAGUCCCGCAUCAUGAUCCCCUUGAAGGUCUCUCCUCUGCAGUGAACGGAGCUGGGCCGGACCGGAACCACGGGAAGAAGAAGAAGCAGCACCACGUCCUUUGGGGUAACUCAACCUCCUCCUCCUCCUCCUCCUCUUCCCAGCGCCGUCCCUUUAAGAGCGUCCUCGCCCCUCCUUCGAAGGAAACACACAACUCUUCCAGCUUCUUUUUUUUCCCUGCCACUCGUUCACUCCCAAAGGAAAAGGAAUCGUUUUCCUGACGUGUGCCAAGGACAGGACUUGUGUCCAUUUGUCGCUUUGCCCCUUUUCGGCUUUAAAAACG